AUGCCUGAGCCGGCUCCAUCACCGCAGCAAGACCGAGCGCGGGAUCGUGACCGGGACCGUGACCGAGACCGCGACCGAGAUCGCGACCCGACCCAGAGCAGACGCUUCAGCAUCACCGACCGUAUCCUCGGCACCUUGAACCAGGCCCGCAAGGAAACGUCGGCUGCCGUGCAGCGUCGCACGUCGACCUCGGCCGCCGCCGCGCCCAGGCAGUCUCCCAUCCCGCGCAUUCGAGAAUGGCUCAGCACUUGCAAUGCCCAACACGGCACGCACUGCAGCGGAACCGACGGCGACGACGGCCCGACCUGGCGCCCGGCCUACCUCAUAGAUUGCGAUGAGCGCUGCCUGGUCCGCUCCAAGCCCGCAGACAGAUACUCGGCCCUCAGCUACGUUUGGGGGGUCUCGAGCCCGCGAGAUGCCGGCCCCGACGCAGUCGCCCAGCUGCUGACCACCAACGUCGACGCCUACCAACUUGCCCUUCCCGACAAGGGUGUGCCGCAGACCAUCCUCGACGCCGUGUGGCUUUCGAAAAAGCUCGGAAUACGACACCUAUGGGUCGACCGCAUGUGCAUAGUCCAGGACGACGAGGACGACAGGGCGGCGCACAUCGAGCACAUGGCCCACGUGUUCGCCAACGCCUGCCUGACCAUCGUCUCGGCGUACGGCGACGUCCACACCGGCCUGCUUGCUCUGGAUCCGCGCCGACCUGCUCGGGCCCCGAGGCAGGGCAGCAACCCGGGCCACGGCGAGUUGCUGCUGUCCUCGAGGUGGAACACGAGGGGCUGGACGCUGCAGGAGCUCCUCUACUCGAGACGCGCAGUCUUCUUCUUCGAGGACGCCGUCACCUGGGAGUGCCACUGCGACCUGUGGGAGGGCAACGCCACAAACAUGAGCAAGGUUCUUCGCGGCAAGAGGCCCGCCUGCACGAAUCGCCUGUCCGACGCGGCCUUGGGAUUCCAGCACGCCGCGUGGCCGGACAUGGACGAGUACGCCCGGCUGGCGAUGGACUACAGCGCGAGGAAGCUCACGCUGGUGGACGACACCAUCGACGCCUUCUCCGGCGUCACGCACGUGCUGUCGCGCGUUUUCCGGGGCGGCUUCGCCUACGGCAUGCCCCUCAUGUUCGUGGACGUUGCGCUCCUGUGGAGGCCGCAGGCGACGAUUCGGCGACGGGCCAUGUCCCGGCCGCCGUUCCUCCCGUCGUGGUCCUGGAUGGGCUGGUGGUUCGACGGCAUCCCCGUCGACCUGACCCUGUGGCGGGCCGCGGCGGACUACGUCGAGGAGACGCAGGCGGCGCCGAGGCGGGCACACGAGUCCAAGAGGUUCAAGCCCGCGCACCCGUUCCGCAUCAAGACGCUCGUGGCGGCGUGGAGUCUGUCGGACAGGGCGAACGCGGCGCCCAUCGACAACGCCGGGCUGCGCAUGCGCGAGUUCCGCUCCCGCAAGGGCGCCGGCCUGGCCCUGCCCCCCGGGUGGUCCAGGUCCGGCAGCCACUUCAAGCACGACAGCGACGCCUUCACCCUGUUCAAGUACCCUGUUCCUGUUCCUGCUCCCGUUCCCCUUUCCGCCUCCGUGGGGGACGCGCCCGCGGACGGCGCGCACGACCCGCGGCCGCCGGAGCUGAGCGUGCCCGGGCCGUUGCCGUUGCUGCAUUUCCGGACGACGGCUGCCUUCUUCGACGUCGACUACGCCAUCUCCAUGGCGCCCAGGGACAUGCCGAACCCCCCCGUGGCCGUGGGCAACAUCUUUGGCCGGUCCAACCGCUGGGUCGGGGAGCUGCGGAGCCACGACGGCUGGCUGGGGGUUCAGUCGUCCAACUACGAUGGCGAGGAGAAGCUCGAGUUUAUUGCCAUUUCGAGCGCCAUGGAGCGCAAGGGCUCCUACGUGUUCCCCAUGGACAGGUUUUCCGAGAGCAUGGACGAGGAUGGCGUGGUGCAGUUUGUCAAUGUGUUGUGGAUUGAGAGAAUAUCGGGCGUGGCGUACAGGAGAGGCAUUGGGCACAUUUUGCAAAAGGCUUGGGAUGCCGAGGCAAGGGACGAAGUGGAAAUUUAUCUCGGUUGA